AUGGCUCAUUCCAGGGCCUCCAUCAAUUUGUCAGAUUGCUUGGAGAGAUUUGUAAGCGUGGAAAAGCUGAGUGCCCGGGAUUUAUGGUACUGCCGUCGCUGCAAAGGCGAGAAGCAAGCUACAAAAAAAUUCGAUUUAUGGUCGUUGCCCAACGUACUGGUCAUACAAUUGAAACGCUUUCGCUCUACUUUACGCUCAAGAGACAAGAUAGACAGUCUCGUCGAAUUUCCUCUGAAGGGACUGGAUUUAACUCCUUGGAUGGUGAGCAAUACCGGUGAACAAUUCGUCUACGACCUCAUCGCUGUGAGCAACCACAUAGGCUAUCUCUACGGAGGGCAUUACACUGCUUACGCCCUAAACGAGCCUACCAAACGAUGGUUCGUAUUUGACGAUGCUUCUACUCGCGGAAUUGAUGCUUCGCAAGUUGUGGUACGUCAUUCCGUUCGUGAUUUUGGACCAAUGCUCUCUUUGUUUUCUUGGACCCGUCGUUUGUUGAUUGCUGUUUUUAAUGUUAUCGUUUAA